UAAACAGGAGCGAGAAGGUUCUCAGUGUAGUGAAAUCGCUCAUGUGUUUAAACAUUUAUACACGAAAUUAGAGGCCGUACCUGAUUUAUUAAUAUAUUAAAUUGUUUGUAAAGUCUUACGGCUGCAGCAGGCUAAUGACUAACGUUAAUCCGGUUGUGUUGUUAGCAACAGGUAUUCAGCGGAGCGGCGGUGCAGUAGAGAACUGAUGGAAGCAUGCAGACUCUACAGAUCGCCUAUAAAGAUGAAGGGAAAUUAUGGCACCGCAGACCAGUGCCAUCUAAUAAUGGGAUCCUGCUGUCUGUUAUUCGCAGUGCAGCUGCUCACCACAGUAAGACUGUUCGCUUCCUCCAGGUGGCAUUCGACACUACGGGGGAGGCUUUUCUUGCCGGUGAUCACCAUGGGAAUAUCUACGUGUUUGAUAUGAGCAGAAAUGGAUUUAAGCUGAUCCAGAAAACAGGGCAAGCCUGCACAGCCCUGGCUUUCAACCUGCGCAGAACGACUGAGUACCUGGUUGCCCUUUCCGAUUAUUCCAUCAAGUGCUUUGACAAAGAAACCAAACAGUUGGUGAGCUGGAUGAGGGGUCAUGAGGGUGCCGUGUCCUCUCUGUCAGUCCAUGGUUCAGGCCGCUAUGCUAUCAGCACAUCCUCAGACACUGCUCAGCUUUGGGACUUGGAUACAUUUCAGAGGAAGAGAAAACUCAAUGUGCGCCAUUCUGUGGGAAUACAAAAGGUGUUUUUUCUGCCACUGGGUAACACCAUUCUGAGCUGUUUUACCGACGACUCCAUCUUUGCUUGGGAAAGCGACACGCUAUUUUGCAAAUAUCAGCUUCCAGUUCCACAGGAGGGACCCCGGAUACACUACAAGGCAUUUGCUGUAACACAAGAUGGAAAGACCCUGGCUGCAGCUGGGCGCUCAAACCUUAUUCAUUUGUGGAGUUUGGACAGCCAACAGCUCUUGAAGAUAAUACAGAUGCCACAAGAAGUGCGAACUGUGAGGCACCUCGACUUCCUGCCAGACAGUUUUGAUGGAGGCUCCAGCCAGGUCCUGGGUGUUUUGAGCCAGGACGGUGUCAUGCGCUUUAUCAACAUUCAAACCUGCAAGCAGCUCUUCGAGAUCGGCUCUCACGGUGAUGCAGUUAACUCGGCCGCUGUUGGUCCUAAAGGCCGCCACGUUGCGGCAGUGAUGGACUCCGGUGCUCUGAGAGUGUACAGCGUGCAGGCUCUCACUCAAGAAAUCAACAAGCCUCCACAAUCAUUAGUGAAAACGGUAAGUUCAGGAACAAACGUGGACACUUCAUGCUUAAAGAUGAAGGUGCACGCUGGAGCUGUGCUUCGACCAGCCAAAACAUCUGCUCGCAAACGACGCACCAAAACUCUCCGCCCUCCAGCUGUUUACACACCGGAGAACAAAGAGAAUGAUUUGCCAGGUGGCCUGAAUAAGAAGCAACUUCAGGGAUUACUCCGAACAUUUGGAGAGUAUCCAGAGAAAUACAGGAUGUUCAUUUGGCGUUCUCUGCUGCAGCUCCCUGAGAAUCAUGCCGUAUUCAGCAGUUUAACAGAUAAAGGCCUGCACUCUGCGUAUACGCGUCUGCAUGAGCGCUACCCAAUCAAGAGCCACAAACUGCAGAGGGGACUCCAGAGAGUCCUGUCCUCUCUGGCUCACUGGUCAGCCAUCUUCGGUGAAGCAGAGUAUCUUCCGUUGUUGGCAUUUCCUUUUGUCAAGCUCUUUCAGAACAAUCCUCUCAUCUGCUUUGAAGUUGUGGCUACUGUCAUCGUGAAUUGGUGCCAGCAUUGGUUUGAGUACUUCCCCAAUCCCCCACUCAACAUUCUGAGCAUGGUAGAAAACGUCCUGGCGCAUCACGACAAAGAGCUGCUGGGCCAUUUUGUCGACUGUGGUGUCACAUCCCAGAUAUAUGUGUGGCCUCUCCUAGAAACUCUGUUUUCUGAGGUGCUGACCAGAGACGAAUGGUUAAAGCUGUUCGAUAACAUUUUCUCCAAUCACCCUUCAUUCCUUCUGAUGUCCGUGGUUGCCUACGUGACCUGCUGCAGAGCGCCGUUACUCCUUUGCACUCAAAAGGAUGACUUUGUGUACUUCUUCCAUCAUCGCAACAAUAUAGACAUGAGCGCUAUGCUGAAGGAGACGUACCGGUUGAUGGAGCUGACCCCAGCGGACCUGCACCCGAGCUUCAUGCUGGCUGACUUUGAGCCUCUGACACCUGGUCAGUAUCCAAUCUUUAACAAGUAUCCCACGUUUAUAGUGGAGUACCAGUGCCAGGAACGGGAGCGAAUCCGUCAGCAAGAAGUGGAAUAUCUCAGAGAGAGACAGGCACUUCAGGAGCUACGUGCUGAGGCAGUGAGACAGAAGGCUGAGGAUGAAGCCUGGUACACACAACAGGAGCUGCUCCAGCAAGCCGAGGAACAACGCAGAAGAAUCCUGCAAGAGGAGGAGAGCAAACUUGCCCAACAGAGAACCAGGUUGGCUGCUAUGAAGCGAGAGUUGAAGGUGAAAGAGCUCACCCUGCUCGAUGCUGCCAGGAUGCGUUUUCUCAAGCACCAGCAGAAUCAGCGCAAGAUGGAGCUCAGUCGCCUGGAUGAUGAAAUCCAGAGAAAGGUGGCAUUGCAAGACCAAGAGACUGCUAUGGCUGUGCAGGAUAUGGAAGUGAGGCAAAUGGAGCUGGAUGCACAGCGGAGAUUGUUUGAGCAGCAAUUGGCCAAAGAACACGAGUGUGUGAGCAAAGAAGUAAGAGCAGAAGUGGAUGCGCGGCGACGAAGAGCUGAGAUGGAGGAUUUAGCGUUUCACAACCUCCUUCAGAAAGACAGUGAUCUCGGCCAGGAAACCAGAAGGGUGCUGGAGGAGUCUCUAGCGGAAGCGGAACAACUAGACGUGGAUGCCGAAUGGCAGACCGAAGUGAUCAGGCGAUUAAAGCUGGCAGAGGAAGAGAAGGAGAAGCAGAGACAGCAGCUGGCCAGACUCAGCCGUGAAACCCAUGCUAAGGAGGAGCAGCUUGUUCAGAUGAUGAUGGAAGUGGAGGGCAACCAUUGGAAUAAUGUGGAAGCUAAGCAGGCCAUGUUGAACGAGGAAAAGCAGGUAACACCUGCUGCAGACACCCAACAGACGUCACCCGUCUCCCAGCAUCUAGAUGAGAUAACACAGCAUCAGAACACACCUAGGAGGAGGAGUCAAGCAGAGUCUUUGAAUCUGCAGCGGGAAAGGAGGCUUCGCUCUCCGUACUCUUCACGGGAACAUUUUCAAAAGUCAGAAAGUCCACAGGAUGAUCCCAAGAACAACCAGUCUCCUUCAGACAACUCCACAUGCUUUUCUCUAGAGCGUGCUCGGGGUAGGCUGGACCACGAGGAGAGGGAGUUGCUGCAGGAAGUCAGAGAGCUCCGAAAGAAGCUGGCAGCUCGAGCUAGAGCUGCAGACUACACUAUGUACUCAGCAAGUUCCCAUCAAUCCCACUGACGAGGCCACCAGCACCAGGACUGUGACUGGGCAGGAAUCUAUCAAGACAGGGACUGACUUUAUCCAGUGACUGCAUCAGUUGCUCAGACUAAAAUAAAGCCACUGCUGCACAACACGUUUUACAAAUGGUCCACACAUUAAACAGAUCAUAAAGCACCAUCAAUUUUACUAUGAAGUCUUUGCAUGAAACCUGUUUUCAUUUUAUUAUUUAAUUUUUUUUUAUAAAUCUGUCCAUGUUGGACAAGUUUUAGAUGUGUUUGAGUGGGAAACAGUGAGCUUACAACCACCUCCUAUAAAAUAGCAAUGGUGAGAGUGCAAUAUCUGCCUCUUCUUACUUUGUUCAAGAAAUUAAAAAAAUGUGUGUGAGUUUAAUUUAUUUAGAAUGGAAAGACUUUUCUUCUUCAAAUCUUAACUAAUAUGAAUUGCUUUCAGUUUUUACACUACAAUCUUAGUCCAUUGUGUUUCUUUUUGUCACAUUUUUCUCACAUUUUCACUGUAUCAUUCUUAAUUACAAUGAAAUAAAAUGCUACUAAAUUGGGAGGAAAAUGUAUUAAUUUUGAAAAGUGCUGUUCUGUUCUGGAUAUAUUCUGGAUUCUAUUGUUGCAUGUCUGCCAAUGUUAAACCAGAGCUCUUCAUAAUGUGUAUAAAGCGUCUGUAUGAAUUGAGAAUAGACUCGGGUAGUUGAUCUGAUACCUAAUGGAGUAAUGUAUUGUGUGGUUUAAUAAAGGAAAUGGUCUUUUCUUUA